UAUCCCGAGGGUAUCUUUCGUGAUGAAAAGAACAAGGAUGCGUCGAUGGCUUUGCUGUUCAGCUCAGGUAGAGGAGAAUUAUCAUUCUUGCGAAACUGACCAACUCAAGUGUCCCAAUCAAAAGAACUCAAAGAUGACAGCUCCUGUCAAACCCGAAGAUCGAGAACCGACACCGCCUAUUGAAGUGCCGGCAUUAUCAUUGGAAGAAUUGGAUGAAAAGACAGACAAUUUCGGAGCAACGGCUUUAGUUGGAGAGGGUUCCUAUGGAAGAGUUUAUUAUGCAUGCUUGGAUAAUGGACAAGCUGUAGCUGUUAAAAAGCUCGAUGUUUCCUCCGAACCCGAACCGAAUUACGAGUUCUUAACCCAGGUCUCCAUGGUUUCGAGAUUGAAGCACGACAACUUUGUCGAGCUGCAAGGCUACUGCGUUGAAGGCAAUCUCCGUGUGCUUGCAUAUGAGUAUGCAACGAUGGGUUCACUACAUGAUGUAUUGCAUGGAAGGAAGGGGGUUCCUGGGGCACAACCAGGUCCAGUGCUCGACUGGAUGAAGCGGGUGAGGAUUGCGGUCGAUGCAGCGAGGGGCUUGGAGUACUUGCAUGAGAAGGCUCAACCCUCUGUUAUACAUAGAGAUAUAAGAUCUAGCAAUGUGCUCGUCUUUGAAGAAUUCAAAGCCAAAAUUGCGGAUUUUAACCUAUCGAAUCAGUCUCCAGACAUGGCUGCUCGUCUUCAUUCGACUCGAGUUCUGGGGACAUUCGGCUAUCAUGCUCCAGAGUACGCGAUGACGGGAGAGUUGACACAGAAGAGUGAUGUUUACAGCUUUGGGGUUGUCCUCCUAGAGCUUCUGACCGGAAGGAAACCUGUGGACCACACAAUGCCUCGUGGGCAGCAGAGUCUCGUUACCUGGGCUACUCCGAGACUGAGCGAAGAUAAAGUUAAAGAAUGUGUCGAUCCGAACCUGAUGGGAGAGUAUCCUCCUAAAGGGGUUGCCAAGUUGGCGACUGUGGCGGCGUUGUGUGUGCAGUACGAAGCCGAGUUCCGUCCGAGCAUGAGCAUUGUUGUCAAGGCUCUCCAACCAUUACUGAAGGCUCCAACACCUACACCAAUACCAGAGACAUGAAUCCAUUUUCUGAGAACAUUUCCUUCACUUCUUCUCAGAAAAUUUAUGUAAUCUAUGGACAGUUUGGUUUCAUUUAAUUUUGAC